GAGACACAGAUACUCACGACAACACACUUAAGUCUGUUUGCGCGUCCGCUAUCCGUAACCCUCAUCACAAGGAGUUUGCCUCUCACGCAGGGGGAAGCAUCUUCUCAUUGCUACUCGCCGAACGUGUAGACCUUGGCCAGCGUCGUUUCACCGUCGACGUCCUCGCUGCACCUGGGCACCUGGGCAGCUGCGCCAGACAUAGUCGAUACCAACCUAUCCCGCCUUCGUACCACUGCUCUUUCUCUUUCCCCGCUCCGGCGGGCUAUGGAAAAGGCUCGCAAAGGCUGGCUUGAGGACUCCAUUUGUGGAGAUUUGCUUCUAGGCGUGCACUGGUUACAGGAGCGCAUCCAGAGUCGCAUAGACGGCGUCAAGCAGGAACCAGACCAAACCUGGUCUGCUGUCUACCAGGACGACGGGAGUUGCUUAACCAUCGAUCCAGCCCCUACCAGCCAGGAACGUCGGGUCCGCAUCAUUGAGGCCUCGCCUUUGACUCUCUCGGACGGACACACAUCCAUUCGAGCCAUCUUCGCCCCUGCCUGCAUCCCCAAGCUUCCGGCGUGGUCCAACGACCUCCAACUCACUGACAGACGCGUGGGAAGCACCCUGUCACUGCGCAAUUACGCUGUUAGGUGUACGUCGUACGGCCCUCCUGCCGAUAAAUUGCAUCUUGUUCUACACGCUGUUGACUGGCAUCGUGGUCGUCAUGUCAGGACCGUUGGAACACCCGAUCCCGUUACAUCGCUUGCACCAUUCAAAGCUCUUCUGGCUAGGCUAACUGAUGUAAGAGUGCAGGGACAUAGAAAGUACGUGUAUGAAGAUCGGGAUUCGAGCGUCAUGUCAAGCAGCUCGCUGGAGGAUUCGCAAAGCUCGCAGAAGUUCGCCACUCAGAUGCCUCCAGUCUCGGUGAGAGGCCGACAAGGGAACGCAGGCGUACAACAACGUGCUCAAUCCAUCACCGAUACUGGCCGUCAGCAAUCUGAGCCUGCGCUUCGUCGGAGUGGACAGCCCGCAAGGCCUGGAAGGCCUGACCCUGGUCUGCUGAGUCUGCUCGACAAUCACGCACGCCAUGGUAACCCCCAGAGAGCGCAGAGUUUGGCCCAAACACCCCUCCAGCCGCAAAAUCACUCCUUGGACGAGACCUCAUCGCCGCCUAUGCAACAGGUGGAUGUAAGAACAUCAGAGGGCAGGCGCGUCGAGAGUGCCAGCAACCCAGAUGUGACAAGGAAUCCGACAUCUUCCCAGGCCAAACCAGAGUGGUUAGCUGGAUGGGUGUUUGAUGUUACCGCCGCAACAGUAGCAGACGAACAAAAGGACUGUCUUCUCAGACCCGAGGCGUGGCACAAACCUCCACCGGGCGUACAGAGCUCGGUCAUCAACAUCCCAAUCGAGAUCCAGAAGCAGAUCGAAGAUCAUUUCAAUAGGCGCCAACCACCCGCCGAACACGAUUGCGACUCCAGUUAUGACCCGGGCAUCUCAGUCGCUGAAGACGGCCAAAUCCAUGGACAGCCAAGCGUAUCCGUUGAUCGAGAGGACCAAAUCCAGAGUCAACUAAGUCACAUCAGUCUGGAUGAGAGAGAAACUACCUGGUCACCAUCUCCUCCCCGGUCUCCAAAGCAAACCCAUCGACCUAGCGAAGCACUGCCUCCAGAUUCGACACUUGGUAGCACUGUUGAUGCAACCCCGAAGAAAGACGUGCGACCCGACCUACCACUCAAUCCUCCUUCGGCCAGCAUUGCAGGUAAGACUCCUUCAGGUAGCACCGGGCCGUCCCUAUCUAAUGGAAGCGCCAACGGCGCUGGGUCAUCUCCUCUCGGGAACAACGUUGCAAGCCCACAAUCUCCUUUCUCAUUGGUCAGGCCCAGGAACAAUGUGUCAAGGCCAAACGCCGUGCCGCCUGGAUCUUCUUUGCUUGGUCGUCCCCUUCGUUCCGAUCCCGAUGACGAGGAAGACAUGGAAGUAAGUGUCCCUCUUGCUCUGGGAGAGGACCUUGCAGAAGAAAAUGCGGGAUUUCCGAUAGUGCUACCCAACCGUGCCGUUCAGAGUAAACCGUACCAUCGGCCACAGCCUAUCGCCCAUGUCCAAGAAACGCUAGAAGCGCGACAGCCAGGUUCCGCACCAGCAUUGGGAGCGGAACUACAUCCAUCUCUCCCACAGGGUUUUAAUGGCGCGUCGGAACAUACUAGUAAUGUUCGCUCGAUAGCGAGAACGGUGCGGUCCCGAAAGGGAGCUUCUCAGUACCUUGAGAGCUACUUGCUUCGAAGUGACCUGGAAGAGCUACUCGAGCAGUAUGGUCUCCCAAUAACAUACCAUGACGGAAAACCGAUGAUAAUGAAGGACAUGGUCCGUAGCUUGGCAGGCAAAAUACCCCUACAACCAGGAAGAGGACCAUCUGUUGUGCGCAGGGGUGCCAUGUCUGCCAUUCUCUUGUCCGAUUCGGAUGAGGAAAUGGAAGACGUUCAAGUACAGGUGGAACGAUCGUCACCAGCUGCAUCAUUGCCUGAAGGGACAAAUCUGGCAACCGGCGCAACGGGUGGUGGCCAACAGCGGCACGACGGCGCUCGUCAGCCUAGUGGUGGUGUUCAAGAUCCACCGAGGCCUGAACUCACAGCGCCACGCCCCGAUGACUUCCCCGUCAAGAGAAAAUCAGACAGUUCGCCGUCAAGACUGGACGCCCGUCGACCAAAAAGGCGAGAGAUCAGUGUGAAGAACUUUGGCAGCAGCCCCUCUCGCCCCCGACCGCGUGCAGAGCCGGGGCAUAGCGAGUUAGGACGAAUAGUCCAAGUUCCAGCAACACAGGUCCUGUCCCCAAACCCCGCUCCAAAAGCCGCAAAUACGGGUCUAAAAGCAACCGAAAAUGCGGCUUCCAAUCUGGCUCCAGAGGUUGUUUCAAGCGCCCCUCCAAGCAUUACAGGGCACACUGGCACUCAUCAAGUGCAAGCAAUCAGCAAGGCACCCCUCCCGCUACCCGAAGAUCGUCUUGGCUUCGAUUCCAGCCGCGAUACUAGAGCGUCAUUUGCUCUCCGUUGCCGCUUGGAAGAUGAUUUACCUGGCUCUACGACAACCGUCUUUGCCAAGUUCAAGCUCGCUUAUCCAGACUAUACCGGCAAUAAGAAACAUUUCAUCAACCAGUGCAAUGACAUCUACCAGUUAGAUCUCGAGGAUAAGAUGGUUGGAACAUACCUAUGGGAUGACUACCUGAUCCGAAAUCGGACAGACUACAAAGACUACGUUAACAAGGCGAUGGACGAAGGGGAGCGAUACGAACCUUAUCUCAGGUUCUUUAAACAGUCCGUUCGGGUCCCUCGCUACACAAAGGAGAUUCUUUCCAGCCCCAACAUGGUGUACCAGGCAUUACUUGAGCUUGGGGAGGAUCCCGAGCAACGAUUCACGGGCCCCAGAUCUUCCUUGUCUCGGAACAUCAGCGUUGCCCGGGGUGCUUUUCAACCACGUCCGUCUUACCCAAGCCUUCCCCAGUUUGAUGGAGCUACUGAUGAAGUUUCUGAGCCUUCGGUCAAGCGUAGGAGGCUUGGGGAACAGGGAGCCUUUGGCCGAUCAAGCUCUGAUCCCCCCGAGGAACACAUGCCGCCAAUGGUACGUUUGAGCAGCGUGCCCGGCAAAAGUGGCAGUGGCGACAGCGAAAGGAUUAGCACUGGAAACGCUUUUGGGGACUGUAUCCUUGGGGAGCAGAAGAUGACGUCGAUCACUGGUUCCGUCCAGGAAGACAUAACCCUGAAAUGGCCCGCCAGUGUUGCAAAUCGGCCUUCUCUACCAAAACGCCCCGAGCUGGAUGUAUUGGCUUGGAAGGAUUACCUGUGAG